AUGCCGGUUGACCGCAGGAAGGUUGCUGUUUUUGGCGGCGCCCUCGCGCUGCGGCUGCUACUCCUACUCCUGUUUCCUUCCCUGCCUGACUUACUGACAGGCCGAGUGGAGGUCUCGACACCGGUGACCAGCUUCAAGAGGCUUCAAGAAGGUCUUUUCCUCUACAACCGCAAUGUGUCACCUUAUGACGGAGGCGUCUUCCACCAGUAUCCUAUUCCGACCGCACUUCUCUACUCGUUGGUCGAUUUGCUCAAUGCGAAUGCCUUAGUGACGAUCUCCGACUCCGCCCAGGCAGUAUCCGGAAGGCUGUACACUUCAUCGAGGAAACUAAUCAAGUGGGACGGAAUUGCGGUUGCGGCAUGGUUCCUGUUUAAUCCUUUUACUAUCGCAACCUGCCUUGGUCGGUCGACAGCUGUAUUCACUUCGACCGGAAUUCUCUACGCUAUUUCCGCAGCUGUUCAGGGAGAGAGCCUCAAUGCGAUGUUCGCAUUAGGCCUUGCUUCCUACCUCUCAAUCUAUCCGGCCCUCCUGUUUAUUCCGCUCAUCCUCCUUUGCUACGACCGGCACGCUCAGCGCAGUCAAAGCUCUCCGUCCACGCCUCUUUUCGUGGCAAAACACCUCGCCAUCCUUCUUGCGAGCAUUGCGGGGCUCCUUGGAAUCUCGGUCCUGAUUAUUGGUGACUUCUCGAAUCUUAUCUCCGCAACGUACGGCUUCCAGCUGCUUGUUCCGGACCUUACUCCAAAUAUUGGCCUUUGGUGGUACUUCUUCAUCGAGAUUUUCGAUUCUUUCCGGGACUUUUUCCUCGGUGUUUUCUGGCUUCAUCUCGCAGCAUACGCUGGCAGUCUGAGUGUGCGGUUACGCCGACAACCUUUAUUCGUCGUUACAACACUGUUGGGUAUCUUUGCAGUGUUCAAGCCCUAUCCGAGCAUUUCAGAUGCCUCUUUAUACUUUGCUGUGCUCCCGAUCUACCGGCAUCUCUUCCCUUUAAUGCGCUACACCUUCUUCUCCGUUUCAGCGCUUCUCUACGCCUCGCUGCUGGGUCCGGCUUUCUACCACCUGUGGAUCUACGCCGGCUCAGGAAACGCCAACUUCUUUUACGCAAUUACUCUCGUAUGGAGUCUUGGUUUUUCACUCAUCCUCGCGGAUAUGAUCUUCGCCGCUCUUCGCGACGAAUGGGAGCAGGAGAACCCAGACAAGCGCGGCAAACCCGUCAAACAAGUGUAA